ACAAAAUAAAUAAUUGUAAACAUCUUGAUUAUUAUAAUAAUAUGUAAUCUCUUAUCUUUUAAUUCCUUAUCUGCUUUCUAAUAUUCUUGAAUCAGUUGAAUCUCGAAACCGGGAUUGGAGAAUAGUAGAAUAAUAUAAUUAAUUUCAUGUUUGAAGUAUUUUAAAACUUUAAUAAUUGUAUUAGUUUUACUUUUUUUCAAUAAGUCUUAUUAUUUAUUGAUGACAUAAUUAUUUCAUUUAUUUUUCCUUCAGUUCGAAACAGAUUUGUCAAUCAUGAGUGAAAUAUUGAAAAUGUUAAAAGAACAAUCUAAAAGAAGGAAAAAGUUAUUAGCCAAAACGUUGGGAUUUUCUGAUGUUCAUCAAUUACGGCGAGCAUUGAAUAUUCAUAGGGAGGGAACUCCAACGAGUUCUGUUCGUAAAGUAGUAAAUAAAUAUAAUGCCCAACCAAAGAGUCCAGAACAUACAUACAAUGAUUCAUCAACAUUUCUCAAAGGUACACAAUCAUCUAAUCCACACAAUGAUUAUUGCCAACAUUUUGUUGAUACUGGUCAACGCCCACAAAAUUUUAUUAGAGAUGUCGGCCUAACUGACAGAUUUGAAGAAUAUCCUAAGCUAAGGGAAUUAAUUCGUCUAAAGGAUGAACUUAUACAACAAACUGCUACUCCUCCAAUGUUCCUGAAAUGUGAACUUAGCACGUAUGAUUUAAAAUCAUUAAAUAUUAAAUUUGAUGUCAUACUUGUAGAGCCUCCACUUGAAGAAUAUCAACGAACCUUGGGUGUAACCAAUACAAAAUUAUGGAAUUGGAAACAGAUAAUGGACCUAGAGUUGGGUGAAUUAGCUGCUAAUCGUAGUUUUAUUUUUCUCUGGUGUGGCUCAUCUGAUGGUUUAGAUAAAGGCCGCGAUUGUUUACGUCGAUGGGGUUUUAGACGCUGUGAAGAUAUUUGUUGGAUUCGAACAAAUUCUAAAAAUCCUGGACAUUCAAAAAAUCUAGAACCAAAUGCUGUUUUUCAACGCACUAAGGAACAUUGCUUGAUGGGUAUCAAAGGAACAGUUCGUCGAUCUACAGAUGGUGACUAUAUUCACGCUAAUAUUGAUAUUGAUUUGAUUAUUAGUGAAGAGAAUGAACACGGUUCAAUAGAAAAACCAGUUGAAAUAUUUCAUAUAAUUGAACAUUUUUGCCUAGGAAAAAGAAGAUUACAUUUGUUUGGUCGUGACAGUACUAUACGUCCAGGAUGGCUGACUUUAGGGCCUGAAUUGACUAAUUCUAAUUUCAACACAGAAAUGUAUAAUGGAUAUUUCAAUAAUGGCCAAUUAACUACCGGUUGUACUGAUCGUAUUGAGGUCCUUAGACCCAAGUCUCCUCCACCUAAAUGUAAAAUACCUAUAGGAAUAAGAAAAGGCAAUCCUUGUAUGAAUAGAGGUAGAGGAAGAAUGUAAUAGUUAUUAAUUUAUUAAUGUAAAAUACUAUUAAUUAGAUUGUUUUAUUUAUGUAUUUGGCAUUUGCAUAAUAGGUUUAAUAAUAUAUAAUGUGAUAUCAUCAUAUCUGUAAUUUAUGUAAGCUUGAACAAUUCUGUUUAUAACAAUUUUUAAGUUAAGUGUUAAUAUAAAUGUACUAUUUUUCUAUCUCCUGGGUCUUUGUAUGUACUUAAUCAUAGCCAAUGUCAAUUUGGCAUUUAAACUAAUAAAUAAAUAAGAUGAAUCAAAGAAUAAAAAUUCUCGAUACUAUCAAUAAAAUUGGGGGAAAUAGAUCAUUUUUAUGUGAGACUAGUUUUUGGCAAAUUCAAUUUGUUACUAGUAUUAUUAUAAUUAUCAAAAAAUAUUAGUUAUUUUUGG